AUGCUCUCUUCAACCUCUCUUGGAAACCCUAGCUUCCUCUUUCCUUCAACUCCAACAACCCUCUUCCAAGCUCGCGUUCUUCGCUCCUACACCGUCUCCUUCUCCAAUCGCCUCUCCCUCCGAUGCUACGCCGCGCGCGCUGCCUUCGACCGACUUUCGGUUCUCAAUCCCAUCGUCGAAAUGGACGGUGAUGAAAUGACCAGGAUUAUUUGGAGGAUGAUCAAGGAUAAACUUAUACUUCCUUACCUGGAUUUAAACAUAAAGUAUUUUGAUCUGGGAAUUCAGAAUCGUGAUGCUACUGAUGACAAAGUUACCGUGGAAAGUGCUGAAGCCACUCUCAAUUCUGGAUAUGGUGAGAAUUUUAAAGCCAGCAGUACUUAUUUAGGUCCUGUUUGGGAUGAUAAUUUGUUUAGGGUCCCUGAUAAGCUUCGUGCUGGUCUUUCUUAUUCAGCAGUGUUUUAUUGGUACAACGUCGCUGUGAAAUGUGCAACAGUAACUCCUGGCACUGUUUUCCGUGAACCCAUAAUAUGUCGCAAUAUACCAAGAAUCAUUCCUGGAUGGAAGAAACCCAUAUGUAUCGGUAGGCAUGCUUUUGGUGACCAGUAUCGUGCCAAUGAUGCAAUAAUUACAGGGCCAGGGAAGCUUAAAUUGGUAUUUGUCCCAGAAAAUGGUGAUGCUACAGCAGAGCUCGAUGUUUACGAUUUCAAAGGCCCCGGUGUAGCACUUGCUAUGUAUAAUGUUGAUGAGUCUAUUCGAGCAUUUGCUGAAUCAUCAAUGGCACUGGCUUUUGCGAAGAAAUGGCCUCUUUACUUAAGCACCAAAAACACAAUUCUAAAGAAAUAUGAUGGCAGGUUUAAGGACAUAUUCCAGGAGGUGUAUGAAGAAAGGUGGAAGCUAAAGUUUGAAGAGCACUCAAUAUGGUAUGAGCACAGGCUAAUUGAUGACAUGGUGGCAUAUGCAGUCAAGAGUGAUGGUGGAUAUGUUUGGGCUUGCAAGAAUUAUGAUGGUGAUGUCCAAAGUGAUUUACUUGCCCAAGGAUUUGGCUCAUUGGGUCUCAUGACUUCUGUGCUGUUAUCUGCUGAUGGCAAGACAUUAGAAGCUGAGGCAUCUCAUGGAACUGUAACUCGACAUUUCCGGCUUCAUCAAAAGGGACAAGAAACUAGUACUAACAGUAUUGCUUCCAUAUAUGCAUGGACACGAGGACUGGAACAUAGAGCCAAGCUGGAUAAUAAUGAAAAAUUACGGGAAUUUACUCAAAAAUUGGAAGCUGCAUGUGUUGAGACAGUGGAAUCGGGAAAGAUGACUAAAGAUCUGGCAAUUCUGGUUCAUGGACCCAAGGUAUCAAGGGAAUUUUACUUGAAUACGGAGGAAUUUAUUGAUGCUGUGGCACGUAAUCUUGAGUCAAAGCUCCAAGAUCCUAUAGCAGUGAUUUGA